AUGAAAGCAGCAUUUGCUGCGGCAGCAAUUGGUAGUGCUUGUGCUAUUAUAUUGUCGUUAAUUGCUGUUGUACUUAUCUUCCAUGACAUCAAUGAAAUGGAAGAAUUUAGAGUAACAGCAGAAGAUAUCUGGCGCGAAAUUACGUAUGUAGAAGUAUAUUCUCAUAAUGCUAUAGAAGCAGCACCUUUUACGCCAAGCUUUUUAUUUCGAACCAAAAGACAGAACAACCGGCAUUGUGAUCCAUCACCGAACAAAUGCCCAAAAGGACCACCAGGACUACCUGGUAAGAAGGGCGAGAAAGGUGCAGAUGGAUUGGCGGGACUGGACGGUAUGACUGGAUCAUUCAACAUUCCAGAAGGUUGCAUCAAAUGUCCAGCUGGCAAACAGGGACCACCCGGACUAGAAGGUCCAGUGGGGCCACCUGGACCAAAAGGCCCACAAGGAAAUCUGGGCCGCGAUGGUAAGGAUGGCAAACGUGGGAUCAGACCGCCAGGCAAGAAAGGACCAACCGGGAAAGCCGGGCCAGAAGGUCCUAAAGGCGAUGACGGUAAAGAUGGAGAAAUUGGACCACAGGGUGAACCGGGACUAGAUGGUAAACAUGGUGCAGACGGACACGAUGGUAAAGAUGGAAAACCGGGCAAACCUGGUAUUGCUGGAAUGUCCGGAACAGAUGCAAUCUACUGUCCAUGUCCACCUCGCGCACAAAAGGCACCCGCGCCACCACUGGCUCAACGAAUCACAGAAAGGAAGAAAGAAGAGAAAACAAGCAUUCUGCGAAACUCAUAA